CUCUCUCGCGCAUUGUUGUCCCCUCCGCAGCUAGCUCUGCCUUUCUCCUCACAUCUACAUCUCCCCGAGUGCCUAGUUGCACCGUCAUAUACCUCACCUCUCGUACCUACGCUAAGCGACGUAGUGCUCCCAAAAUGCCUCCCAAGAAGAAUGCCGUUGAGGAGAAGGUCCUCCUGGGCCGCCCUGGCAACAACUUGAAGGCUGGUAUUGUCGGUCUUGCCAACGUUGGCAAGUCUACUCUCUUCCAAGCCAUCACCAAGUGCAGUCUUGGUAAUCCCGCUAACUUCCCCUACGCCACUAUUGAUCCCGAGGAGUCUCGUGUCAUUGUGCCCGAUGAGCGCUACGACUGGUUAUGCGAGAAGUACAACCCCAAGAGUCGAGUGCCCGCUCACUUGACCGUCUACGAUAUCGCAGGUCUUACCAGGGGCGCUUCCACUGGCGCUGGUCUCGGUAACGCUUUCUUGUCACAUAUCCGCGCUGUCGAUGCCAUCUUCCAGGUCGUUCGGUGCUUUGAUGACGCCGAAAUCAUUCACGUCGAAGGUGAUGUCAAUCCUGUCAGAGAUUUAGAUAUCAUUGGAGAGGAAUUGCGGACAAAGGAUAUCGAAUUCACCGAGAAGGCCAUAGAGAACCAGAAGAAGAAGACCCGUGUUGGUGGUCAAAGUCUCGAGGUGAAGAAGGCCAAGGAAGAGGAGGCCACUAUGGAGAAGGUCCUUGCUUGGUUGAAAGACGGCAAGGAUGUCCGAAAGGGCAACUGGUCCCCCAAGGAGGUUGAGGUUAUCAACACCCUAUUGCUACUCUCCGCAAAGCCGGUUGUAUAUCUUGUCAACCUUUCAGAGAAAGAUUAUACGAGAAAGAAGAACAAGCAUCUAGCCAAGAUUGCAGAAUGGAUGAAGGAGCAUGCUGCAGGCGACCCCAUCCUUCCCAUCUCGGUUUGCUUUGAAGAGCGCUUGACACGCUUUGAAACCGAAGAAGCAGCUGCUGAGGAAUGCAAAAACCUCGGAAUUGAGUCUGCGUUACCCAAGAUCGUUACUACAAUGCGGAAAGCAUUACAUCUACGUAGUUUCUUUACCACUGGCACGGAUGAGGUCCGGCAAUGGACCAUUAGAGAAGGCACCAAGGCACCCCAGGCCGCUGGUGUCAUUCACACAGACUUUGAGAAGACAUUUAUUCAGGCUGUCGUAUAUAACUACAGCGUACUGAAGGAGGUGGGCGACGAAUCCGAGGUGAAAGCGAAGGGUAAGAUCAUGACGAAAGGCAAAGACUACGUCAUUGAAGAUGGCGACAUCUUAUUGAUUAAGGCCGGUGCAGCCAAGGGAUAAGCGAAUAGCGCCCGAUUCAGAUUUCUAAAUCUCGGUGUGAUGCUUUCGUCUUAAUAAUUACGAUAGGCAAUUGAUUAAGAAUUCUGAAAUCAGCAUGUUCCGUCUCAAGCCAAAUGUGAUGUCGAUUCAUGUCGGUGUACGCUUACGCAGUCGCAGUCCGUGGUAAAGUUGAUGUGGGAUAUCGUGUUGCAAUUGUAUCUCACUACGACGUUGGGCGUUAGGUCAAAUGCAGACGAAGUAAGCUAUUGCUGGAAUUCUCUUUACUUUCAG